AUGGCUAACGCUAACCCCUUGCUUAAACUCUACAAGUCCAUUAUUGAAGAUGUGAUUGAAGGUGUGCGGGAGCUCUUUGCAGAAGAAGGUUUAGAGGAACAGGUUCUGAAGGACUUGAAGCAGCUUUGGGAAACCAAGGUGAUGCAGUCUAAAGCAACAGAAGGCUUCUUCAGACACAGCCACCGUUCUCAACAAUUUACCAUGCAGUUGCCACACAAUUUGCACCAGGUUCUGCAGGCUCCAGCAGCUUCUUUAAUCAUCCCAACUGGCAGAGGUUUUCAGCCUUUCACAGCAGCAGGCCUGGGUGCUUCACAAGUAGGUGCAACUCUUGCUCUCCCUUCAAGUAUUGCUUAUCCUAUCCAUGUACCAGCUGGAGUGACACUGCAGACAGCAUCUGGGCGGCUUUAUAAGGUAAAUAUGCCUGUUAUGGUUGCACAGGCCUCAGGAGAUGCAAAUGUUCUCCAUCCUGUUCAGCAGUUAUUUCAGCCCCUGGUGCAGCCUUCUGUUCUGCAAGCCAGUGCUGCCAGCCUUGCACAGGUGAAUGCAGCUUCUGCCCAGGCAGCUGCUGAAACUUUGCAACCCCAGGAGGCUGCUGUCCAACAGGCCACGAUGUUUCAACCAAAUGCCAUGGAGAAGAACCACCUGGAGAGCUCUGCCAGUGUUACUUUGGUCCAGCAGCCUCCUGCGAGUCAGCAGCAGCCUGCAGCUGAUAUGGUGUUGAAUCAGUGCUCAAGCUCAACAGAAGAACCCCAGCAGGCUAAUCUUCACACAGCCAUGUUUGAUCCAGAAUCCUCUGAAGGCUUUGCUUUUGCUGAAUCCUUGCCAAACAACGCAGGCAGUAUACUGCAGGAUGUAGAGGGGCAGUUAGACAUCAAGCCUCAGGAGCUGGCAGGGCAGCAGGUGUCUGAUGAUAUCAUUGACCUGAUUAUCAUGGGCAAAGAUGUGGAUGAUGACACACUUCUGAAAUGCCAGGACAGCACUGCCUCCUCUGACAAGAUGGAACCAACAGAGCAGAUGGAAUCUAAUUUGCAGUCAGAGAAGGAUAUCUGCAGUGACAUUGAAGGCAUAAUUCAGCUGGAUGGGACUGGUGAUGUUUUUCCCAAGGAAGAAAUACCACACAGGGACAGGGAAGAGAAUUUAUUCGUUGGCAUUAAUGAAUCAGAGGAUCUAAAAGUUCUGGAGGAUAAUGAAGACGACGAUGAAGAAUGUGACAGUGUUUCAACCACAGAGUCUAGCGGCAGUGGUGGUGAUAAUGAAGAGCUCCAAAUAGAUGUAGUUGAGGAGGACCCCUUAAAUUCUGAUGAUGAUGUCAGUGAACAGGACAUUCCAGAUUUGUUUGACACUGACAAUGUGAUAGUCUGUCAGUAUGACAAGAUACAUCGAAGCAAGAACAAAUGGAAGUUCUUCUUAAAAGAUGGAGUGAUGGCCCUUGAGGGUAAAGAACAUGUUUUUGCCAAAGCUGUUGGAGAUGCAGAGUGGUGA